AUGGCCUUAAAAGUUCAAAAGAUCAAGGUGUCCUUAGACGAGCUUAGAAAAGAUGCAAUUGGGUAUGGGCUUGGAGUUCUAUAUACAACUCCUCAACCUAGCCUGCACCCAAAGACAGACUCUUUCCUUGGCAGCUCAGAAGUUGUCAUAGGAAGGGGUGAUGAUGUCUCUAAAAUUAUGAACUUGAUGGUUAGCUCUUGCAGACAACAAGUUCUUUCUGUCAUUCCUAUAGUGGGAAUGGCCGGGCUCGGAAAGACCACCCUAGCCAAAAUGGUGCUCAAAGAAGUAAAAGAUAGAAAACUUUUUGAUGUAAUAUUUUGGAUCUGUGUUUCUGAUAGUUUUGAUGAUGAAAGGAUUUUAGGAGAAAUGUUGCAAACUAUUGAUAAAAACACUGGUGGGAUAAGUAAUAUAAAUACAAUAAUGACAAAUCUUGAAAGACAGUUGAAGGAUAAAAAAAUUCUUCUCGUGCUUGAUGAUGUGUGGAAUGAAGAAUAUAGGAACUGGGAGAGUUUAAAGGAUCGUCUGUUAAAAGUUGUUGGGAUUAAUCAUGGUAAUGCUGUUGUUGUGACGACUCGUCUUCCAUUAGUAGCAUCCAUAAUGGAGAAUCCUCCUGUGUUUAGGCAUGAACUGAAACAACUGUCAAAUGAUGAAUGUUGGUCAAUUAUUAGGAAAAUAGUGUCUAGAAAUGGAGGAGAGUCGAUUCCUUCAGAAUUGGAGGCUGUCGGAAUCGAUAUUGCAAAAAAGUGUGGGGGAGUACCAUUAGCUGCUAAUUUUGAGAUUGAAAAGGAGAAAUUGAUUCAGCUUUUGAUGGCUGAAGGGUUGCUUGGGCCAUCUCAUGGAGAGAUGGAAGAUAUUGGUGCUAGAAAUUUUAAUGACUUGCUUGCACGCUCGUUUUUCGAAGAUUUCCAAACGGAUGAGCUUGGAAACGUAAUCUGUUGCAAGAUGCACGAACUUGUGCACGAUCUUGCUUCGUUGGUGACAAAAUCAGAGACAGUGAUUUGGGAGGCUGGUUCAGUUAUAGACGGUACAUUUCGUGCCCGACAUCCAAAUCUCUUUUCUUAUGACAGAGAUGAACCAGCAUUUCUAAAGGAUGGUGCUAGAAAAUUGCAGCUGCCAGAUUCAAUUUGCAGGCUGAAACAUUUGAGGUACCUGGAUGUUUCACAAACAAAUAUCAAAGCAUUCCCGAAAUCCAUCACGAAGCUCUAUCAUUUGCAAACCUUAAGAUUCCGUAGAUGUUGGUUACUCGAAAAGCUUCCCAACAAAAUGGAGUAUUUGGUGAGCUUGAGACAUAUUGACUUUAGUCAUACGCCAGCUGAUGUUGGAUGCUUAACUGGUCUUAGAACACUGCCAUUCUUUGAAGUGGGUCAAGAUAAGGGCCACAUAAUUGAAGAGUUGGGAUGCUUGAAGGAACUAGGAGGGGAGUUGAGAAUAGUCAAUCUGUCAGUACACCUUCCUUCAACACGUGCUUCUCUUCGGCAUUUUAAGGAAACAUCUCAGCCCCACAUUCCACAAGGGUUUAAUCAUCUUCAGGUAUUUGAUAGGUGUCAUGCGUUUGAUGUUGGGAAAACUAGGAACAAUCGGACACCAAUUUACUCAGAUCAAUUCACAAAUCACAAAUUCUAA